UAACCUCACAAUUAAAAAGAAAAACAAAAGAGAGAAAAAAAAAGAAUAUUCAAAGUUGUCAAUGGAGAGAUCAAUUACUAGGAUUUUUGUUAGUAUUUUGAUGAUGUUGAUUGUAGUAGGAAAUGAAAUGUAUAUUGUUAAUGGAGAUAGCCCUUAUGCUUGUUGGGGUGGAUGUUACAAUCAAUGCAUAUUAUUGAAUAUGAAACAUAGAGUACCUACAGGAAAUAAUCCUUGUUAUGUGCAUUGUCUAACCAAGUGCAUUCCUACUUCUGCUUCUGAAUAUCAGGAUUAUUGCAAAAUUGGAUGUUCUUUGGAGCUUUGUGUUGCUACUCGUUUCGAUGCUGGUGCAAAUCUGGAUGCAUGCUUUGGAAAUUGUGGAAAUAUUUGUAGGAUUUAAGCUUAGAAAAUAUUUAUUUCCACAACUCUUUAAUUUUGUAUUUAAUCUUUUAGUACUUAAAAAUAAAUGGUUCUUUGUUGUUUUCCAUUCAGUGUGUAACUGAAAAAUUUGAUAGCUGCAUUUUGUUUCUUUUCCUCCUUUUGUAUGUUUUAAUUUAGUGAUAUAAAUACAAUAACAAAUUUGGCUGAUCCAA